AUGGAGCGAGAUGCAGUGGCAAGCACGAGUCGUGGCGCGACCGUCACUUCACCAACCCCGAGCAGCAAACGUAGACGAUCUCGACGCAUCUACGACAUCGAAGACCGAACCACAAAGACCGACGUAGGCUCAUCACCCGGCACCCACUGGACCCUGUCCUCGUACAAACCCGGCUCUGGCGUGUCCGAACUGCGCUCCGCCGAUCUCACCAAACUCUGGCAGUCGGACGGCAACCAACCUCACCUCAUCAACAUUCAAUUCGCACGCCGAACGUGCGUCACCCACCUAUCGAUCUUCCUCGACGUCAAGCAGGACGACUCGUACACGCCCACGCGGAUCGCUGUCAAGGCAGGGACCAACUACCACGACCUGACGUUGGUACGGCAGAGGACGUUCGACGCACCGCAGGGGUGGAAGCAUUUCAACAUGACACCGGGUAGCGUGGAUGCCGUGACGGUGGAGGAGGAAGAGGAUGGAGUGGAGGGCGAGGAGGAGGAUCUGACGGAGGCGGGGGGAGACGGUGCUAAGGCUGGAGGAGGCCCCGGAGAUGAGGGUGAUGAUGAUGAUGAUGACGAGGAAGGCGAGUCGGAAGGGAUCAAAGUUUGGUUGAUCCAGAUAUGCAUCCUGGCAAAUCACCUGAAUGGUAAGGAUACGCAUAUCAGGAGAUUGGUUGUCUUCGGACCGAAGCAAUCCCACGCCAUCAGCUCGCAUGGAACGAAAAGAGGAGCUACAAACGGCCUGGCGCAUUCGACGAUACCACCGCCAUUACGACCUCAGAACGGACAAGCGUCAUAUGGUCGCGCUCAGAAUGUCACACUAGCUCAGCUGCUGUCUUUGCAGAGCGCUGCAAGCACAGAGGAUCGAAACGACGAAGUGGACGACGACGACGACAGUGCAGCUGGUGCCGGAUUGCGCAGAUCUGGACUCAACUUGUUCGGCAACAUUCGGUAG